GUCGUCUGCUUCGGAAGAUCCGACCGUCCGACGACAUCUUUGGGUGGCUGCAACCGCAAAAGGGGUCAUUCUUUUUUGGCCCGUUUCUGACAAAUACAGAAACAUUCAGGUGGAGCGUCACGAACGAUCGAAUCGGUCCUGAAAAGAGCUCCGAAGAGGAGAUUCAAAGAAGACUUGAAGUACACAGAAAUCGUGCUCUGCUGUAUUCAUGGUAGUAAGGAAAACUACCAAAGUCGAUCCUCUGGUAAACGGCCUUAUCAAUCGAUUAAAAGGGUGCAUGAGGAUGGCGGCGUGUGUGGGGCUUUUACCCCCCACCCAGGGUGCCCCGUCCUCUUUGGGUAGUGAUGCACAUAGAUAUGCGUGCAAGUCGUAUGCAAAUAAAUUGCUACAGAACUUGUGCUCUCUAUGGCAUUCACAACACUUCUGUGAUGUGGAGAUAUCGGCUGGUGAAUUUGUUGUGAAGGCUCAUCGGGCAGUGCUGUCAGCAGGAAGUGCAUAUUUUCAGGCUAUGUUUACUGGUGGGUUAGCAGAAGAAACACAGGCUUCCAUAGAAAUCAAGUCAAUAACUCCUAAUGUUCUUGCACAGUUAAUUAACUUCAUAUACACAGGCGAUAUUGAAGUUACUGUGGAAAACGUCCAAGAGUUAAUGGUUGCAGCAGACAUGAUGGAAAUUCAUCAUGUUGUUCAUGUCGGCACAAACUUCCUGAAGAAAGAACUCAGUCCUGCCAAUGCAAUAGGAAUUUAUAGGUUUGCCGAAGCUCAUCAUCUAGUUGAAAUGCAAGAAGCUGCGAGAGAUUUCAUAUUUGCCAGUUUUUCUGAAGUGGUUAUGGAAGAAGAAUUCUUAGAAACUCCUCGUGAAGUUUUGAUUGAAUUGCUUCAGUCAGAGUAUUUGCGGAUUGACUCUGAAUUUCAAGUAUUUUCUGCAGCUAUCCGAUGGAUAGGUCAGGACAUUACCACCAGACGGCGUUAUGUGUUUGAAAUAUUAAAUCAAGUGAGACUACCUUUAAUUCCAAGCAAAUUACUAGAAAAGUCAAUUAAUGAAUGUUGUGAUAUUAGUUUGAAAGUUGCUUUAAGGAGCAUCCAGAAAGAUCUGGUCAGUAAAAGAGGAAGUUUGGUGCCUCUGUAUGUCCAACCUAGAAUCUGUGCCAGAAAGAAAAUUUAUGUAAUUGGUGGAUCCAAAAGAGAACUUAUAAGUUCAUGGACAAGAUCAGAAUGCACCUUUGAAAGUGUAGAGUGUUUUGAUACAUUCAGGAAAGAAUGGCAAAGAGUAUGCCCUAUGGAAAUUGGCAGAAUCCUUCCUGGUAUAGCAGUGUUAAAUGGUAGAAUAUAUGUUGUAGGUGGAGAGCAAGAAAGCCAGAUUUUAGCAAAUGGUGAAGUUUAUGAUCCCCAAGAAGAUAUUUGGACGGGUAUGGCUUCCAUGGUGAUUCCAAGGUGUGAAUUUGGACUCUGUGCUCAUGAGGGUUAUUUGUAUGCCUUUGGAGGGUGGGUUGGCGAGGAUAUUGGAGGUUCAAUUGAGCGAUAUGACCCUAUAGCAGAUGAAUGGAGGCUAGAGUCAAAUAUGCCAGAAGCAAGAUUCAGCAUGGGAGUAGUUGAGCAUCAUGGUCUCAUCUAUGUGGUUGGUGGCUGCACACAUAGUCAGCGUCAUCUUCACGAUUUGCUGUGUUAUAAUCCCAUAACAGGAGAAUGGCAGAACUUGGCUCCUAUGCUCACCCCACGUAGCCAAAUGGGAGUCGCAGUUUUAGAUGGUUUCCUGUAUGUUGUUGGAGGAACCAAUAGGCACAAUGUACUCACUUCAGUGGAAAGAUAUUCAUUUGAACAGAAUAAAUGGUUUGAGUGUCCACCCAUGUCAGUUGGCCGUGCAAGCCCUGCAGUAGCUGCCACAAAUUCCCUCUUGUAUGUCAUUGGUGGGGAUCAAACAAGUGAAGUUAAUGACUUUUAUAGAGCACAGGUAACUAUAGCACAUGUUGAAUAUUUUGACCCAAGUACUAAUCGUUGGUUGGACUGUACAUCUUUGCCCGAGAGUCGCUCCGAAGCAGGAGCAGUUGUCAUUUGACCCCCUCCUCCUUCUCUUUUGUCUCUUUCUCAAACACGCAGAGUUCGUAAGUAUCAAAAUCCAGAUGAUGAUCCUGGAUGUCCAACCAUGGCUCAGAAACGAACUAUCAAUCGUCAUUCACAUAGUCCAAGACAGCCAGCCUAAGAGAAAUGUUUAGGUAGCACUAGGUAUUUUCAGGAGAUAAUUGGUUUCUUUGAUAGCUUUUGAAUACAAUUAUAGAGCUAAAAUCUAAAGUUUAGAAGUAUUACUGAUACUUGCAUAUUCUAUAUAAAAAAAGAUUACUCACUGAAAUCCAUAUGGAAGUUUUUUAAUAAAAAUCAUGUUCAGUGUUGUGUUUCACAAAUAUUGUAGAUUUUAUUUAUGUAAAUGAUCAUGUUUACCUUAGAACUAUUAAUGCAUCCUUGAUAUUCAACAGAAAAUUUCAAUGUAUCUACAUAUUUUGCUGAACUAAAAUUAAAUGCCUUUGAAAUUUGAAAAUGAAUAUAAAAUUUUGAUGAUUUUAGAUUUAACCCAUAUUCACAAUCUUUUUGCAUCUAUAUUGUGUACCAUAACUGUAGGUUUUCAAUAUUUUUUAUGUUGAAUGUUCAAUCACUUUCAUGUUGAUCACAAGAAGGGCUCUAUAUAUACAUGAACUUGCCUUUCCUUCAAAAUUUGUUCUUGGUAGAAGUUCUUAUGUGAAUCUUCAUGACGAGUGUGUAUGGCGUUUUCAGUACGUAUAUACGUCCCAUCAGUACAGUACAGCAUUGCUAAACUUAUGAGGGAAGAGACUCGGUCAUCUGAAAAGUUGGUGCCAGUAUGUUUUGAAGCUUUACUGUUUAUACUUACUGAUACUGCCAAUACAUUAUACAUUCAUACUGUACAUUAUGAUGUUUUCAAAAUAUUUACUGGCAUACUUUUGGUCUCACAAAAUUAAGGCUGUUCCAAAAUCUUCACGUGCAUAGUGCUUUUCUCACAAAGGUUAUCUUGGGCACCCACUGAUGGACGACUGUGUGUAUUUAUGCAUAUCAGUAUUGAGACUUAGAGAGAAAUAAAAAUUCCCCAAUUUUGUAGAUGAAUGGAUGACUCGUAAUAGGGUAACUGAAGAAGAUCUAGUUUCAUAGUCUGCAAACUGAUAAAUUAAGCAUAUCAUUCUCAUUUGCAAAACAUUUGCUUAUCUGUGAAUGAAAGUCAUCAAUUGCAAAGUACAAUUCAAGUAACAUGAAGGGUGGCUCAGUUAUGGGUGUUCAUACUUUUCAUGGCUAUGUAAUUAAUGUUUCCGUGGUGUGCUGGCAAAAAAAGAUAUUCCUUUUAUAUCCGUGUUUCAAGAUAAUGGUUAGUUUACAAAGUAUAGUGGUCAUUUGACAACUUUAUUGCAAAUGCCAGGCACAAUGUUUCCAUUUAAAGAAAAUGCUAUUUUGAUUAAAUGUAAAAUGGUUUGCUGUUUGAAAUUAUUUCUGUACAUUAAAGAAUAUUAUCUGUUAGCUACAUUGCUCAAAUAAUGUUACUUCAAUUGAAUUUUCUAUUCAUCUGUAUUUAUGUAGCUAUUCAGAUUUUAAUUUUACUACCUGUUUUACAAGGAUUAUAAAAUAUAUAUGCUAUAGAUAUAUGGUAUAGAUGCAGAUAUAACUAGUGUACUAUCUGUAUUUUUCAUAGGGAACUGAGUACUUCAUGGUAACAAUAACAUUACUGCAAGUGUUUAAUACAUUAGAGUGCAUUUCAUACUUGUAGGAAUAGCAUUUUGGAGCAUCAACUUCAAGUUGUUUCACGGAGUAUAAUAAAACUUAUUUAUACAUCCAGUUGAGGGAAAAUAUACUGUUAUUACUAAGAUGGUCUUGAGGUAAUCAAGAUUAAUAACAGUUUGGUGAUCUAUGUUAGAUUUCUGAACAACAGAUAUACUAAAUCUUUUACCAAACAAGCAACCUCUGGAUUUAUUUGAAAUUUGUAUGUUAUUUGGUGUCAUAUGUUUUAUUUGAUAAGAUUUCAAGGGUUUUGUAGACUGUGUGAGUACUUUCAAAUGCUCACAGAAUAUUCAAGACUUAGUUUGAAACCUUACCGCCAUAGCUUCCUCUUUUUCUUUACUUUUGUCGCCAGUUAUGAUAACAUUUGAAAGACUUAUUGCUGUAGAGAAUAACAUUAUUGUAGUAUUGUACUUCAACCUAAAAAAAUCUUUUCAAGUGUUUUGUGUAAAUUUUUCCUUACCACUGCAUAAUUUCCGAACAUGUAUAUCUUGCAUCUCAUAGAGACUUGUAUUUGUUGGUCAAGGAGAGAAUCUCAUAGAUCUUAAGAGAAUGGGGUCAGUCAGUCAAGUUUCUCAUUGAUGAGAUUUUGUUGAAGGUAAGACUUCGUAUGAGAAUGGUCUGCUUGUAUUUGCCUUAUUUACACAAAAUCAUGUGCUUUAUCUGUAAAUACUGAGGCUUCGUCUAAAGAUGUGUAUUCAUGUUGUUUACAUUUUUAGUGUGAGUAAAAUGUAUUCUUUCCAAAACAGUGAAUGGUGUAUCAAUAUUCCAGAUUUUCAUGAAGAAUUUGUAGUAGUAUUUAUGGAUUAGUCAGGUUUUGUUACAAACAGUAUGACGGUUCCUUUAGGUACUGGUGCUCACCAUGCCUAUAACUAUAAAUACUGCAGCUGUUGGUUUAGCAGCUCAUUUUUUAUAGUUACAAUCUGCACAGUUUUCUCCACCCAAUGUUGAUCAGUACAGUGUACUGUAUAGUAUAGGUUUAUUUUUUCUCUCUAUUGUAAGUUAUAUAGUACUGAUUGAAUGUCUUUUAAUUGCUCACAAUAAUGUCUUAAGUGUGGAAAAGAUUGUUUUAGCUGUGUUGACACCUUGUAAUGAAUGGGAUAUGGUACUUGAUGUGAACCUUCAGGUUUAACAAAUUUAUUAAUCAGUCUAUCCGUCUCAGACUUAAUCAAAUUAUAUUCUUAAUCUUUAUUAUUGCCACUGCUCAUCAGUUCUUAUUGUUUAACUAAAUCUUUUAUUAUAGAUUUCUUCUUAGAUGCUGUAACUUACGUAAAUAGUCUUGUAUAAGUGUGUCUUUAGAGACUUGAGUGAAUCUAUAAGGUCUUAGGAAAAUGCUUCUUGUGGGUGCUUAAUGCCAUAUAAUGUAUUUAUAGGAGGACUGUUUUCUCCGUUUGAUUUGUUUUUGUAGAAGUUAAUAUAAUUUAAUGCUAAAAAUACAGUCUCUGUAAGAUACCUUACAUAGCAUCAACUUUAAUAAGUCAUUAACAUUCUUAGUAGUUUUAAGGAUUAGUUUUUCCAUUCCUCAAAAAGUAUAGUGUAAUAAGUUUUCAGUUACUAGCAAUACUUUUUUUUUUCUAAUAGAAUUUCCAGAUUUGGUAUAGUAUUUGUAUCUUUUAUUACUUUGUUUUUUAUAUACCACAAAAUGUGUGUGUGUGUAAUAGUCGUUAUUCUAAGUUCAUUGUUUUUAUAUGACUUGUGUUCAGAAUUCACCAAUCAUUCUGACAUACGUACUAAAAACUUGUGCAUUGCCAUCUGAUGUUACUUGAAACUUAAAUUUUAGAGUGAACAGUCAUAUAGAUUAGAAAAUUAUUAAGAUUACAGUAGACCCCCUGUAUUCAUGGGAGAAGGGUACCACACCCCCAUGAAUAGCUAAAAUCCGUGAAUACUUAAAACACCUCUAAAAAUGCUUAGAACUGCCUUAUAUUGUAAGUUAAAACAAAAAAACAAAAACACUAAAAAUGCUUAUCCCUGAGUAUUUUAAAUAGUUUUAUAUAUAUACAAAAGUGCAUUUUGUCAUGAAAAUUAUAUGAAAAUACAGUAAUUUAUGAAUAUUUCUGAGUGGAAAAUAGUGCGAAUAGGCAAAUUUCAGUGAAUUAUAGGUUAUAGGUUCCAUAUAAAAAUUCGCGAAUAGCGGGGGUCGACUGUAGUUUAAUUUUACAAAGCUCCACAAAAGUAAAUCAUCGUAUUUUACAAGGCUCUGCAGAAGCAAAAUUUUUUUAUUGAUUAAUGAUGAUUUUUUUUUUUAGGAUAAACUAAAAAUAAUAGGUACAAAAUUCCCCUAAUUUCUUGACAGAUGCUUUAUGCAGGCUGUAUUGACACUUGAUUAUCCUGUGAUUAUGAUUUUGUUAAUAAAUGCUAUAAGCUUAAUUUUAAUACAGAAAGUAUCAUUAUAUUUGAAAUCAACAGACAAUGCCAUGGAAUUUUAUAGUCAAUAAUUCAGUUUGAUGUUUUGGAAAAAUAAGUCAGUUACAUAAAUAUUAGAAUCUGGUUAUCAACACUUAAAUGUGGAGUAUCCAGUAGAUUCAAAAUGCAUUUACUGUAAAAUAAGGGUGUAUUAAAACAUUUUCCCUGUAGCUAUAUGGAACUGUUUUCCUUAUAUAUCAACUAAAUAAGGACUUGUUCAACAUGCAUACAAACCCUUGGUCUUUGCCUAGGGGAGUCACUUUCAGUGCAAGCUGGAGCUGGCCAUUUAACUUAAAACAAGGUGGAUAUUGGUAGUUGGCUACCGACGGAAGGGAAAGAAUACACUUCAUCUAGUUGGUACAUACCCAACAUUUUGUCUGUCUGAAACAGACCUGUUUCUUCUGCUGCCUGCUGUUUAACUUAUUCUUUUAGUUUUGAGAUAUUUUGCCUAUUUUGAAAUAAGUUCUAUUCUGUUACAUUUUGUUAACUUGACAUUUUCUUGCUGUGUAGUUUUGCUUUUUUGAUAUAAUGCAAACUCAGCUUGGUCUUAGCCUUGGUGUUUGUUCUUUUAUUCUGUUGGUGUACAUUUUUUUUUUUCUAUUACGCACCUAAGGAGAGAGGCCUGUCUCUUGCCUGUCAACCAUUCUAUUUUUAAAGGUUUUCCCAACCUCGUUUUAUCGAAUAUCCUUAUUCUACAUUUUUUUUUUCCAUUUGCUUUUUCAAACAGAAAACACUUCAGAAGUUUUUCUUUUGACUACAUAGUUUUUUGGAACAUUGUUUUGAAGGAUGAUAAGUUACAGGAAGCUUUCCUUGGUUAGAUGAAGUUCCUUUGCUGUAGGCCACAACUGUAUCUUCCCUGUAUGAACCUCCCCUAACAUGCACCUUCUGUCAAGUGCAGUUCCUACUCACCCAGAUCGUUGUCUUUCCCCUUCCGUCCAUUGUCCUUAAGGACACGGAUAAGUAUUUCUUCAGUGCCAGAGUAGUUCCUAACGUACUAGGACUUCUGUUUCCUGCAUUUGCCUUCGAGAACAGUUCAUUGUUGUUUUCAGCAAUGCUGCUGCAGUUUUCUGGACGUCUAGGCUGAAGAUACUCUCUCCAAGGAAGAAUUUGUGGCCAUGCAUUGUUCCAUGACAUUUUUUGCUUCACACUGUGUAAGAAAGAGGCUGGCCUUGGGUAGGCAGUUGUAGCCUUGCCCUUGCCACAAUGUUGCAUGGCCAUGACGACUUUUUUUUUUUUUUUUUUUUUUUUUUGUUACUGCAGUUUUCUGAUUGUCCUUAGCCAAAAAUUUUGCUUUGCAAAGAUGAAAAUACAAGUCCAUGCAGAUGUUGCAUUGCAGUGUCCUUUCCAAUUAUUGCACCACCAAGGUACAACUCUCUCAAGUUGUUUUUGCUUUUUUCUUCCAUCCAUGUUUAUGGACAUAUACUUGGAGGUGCUUCUACUUAGCCUGAGUGUUAGUAUGCGGAUGUUGCUUUAUUCUUUCACAUUCCCACUUGAAAACACUGCCAUGUCAGGGCAUGUCUGUCUGGGGCCGUGCCCCAUUUAUGUGGAGGGUUUAGAGAAGAAAAAGACAGCUCUUCUGAAUGUUUCUCCCCUGCGAAGGUUUCGUAGUGGAUGGAUCGCUAUUCAAAGAAUGUUCCCCGCCACAAGAUUGAGUGGACGGUUGGCUGACAUUCAUGGGAUGUCUGUAACAGCCCCCUCCCAUUUUCACGAGGUUGCAAACAAGAUCAACAUCAUCUUGGCUCUGCGGGGCUGUGCCUCCACUCUACCUUUUAAGAAGUCCCCCCUGGCGAAUGAGAUCGCCCUUCCAAGAGUGAUUCUACCUUCGUGGUCCGGCAAAUGGUAAAGGUCAUGGUGGGACUCCGAUGAACAUCUGGAACACAGCACCCACCCAUGUUCGUGUGAAUAGUUGGUAUGUCUUGCUUAACCUCUACCACUCAUGUCUGUGAGUUUGCAGCAAUCACAUCUGAGUGACACUGUUCAUCCAAGGGGACUUCGACAGCAAUAUUCCUAGAGCAGCCAACAUCUGUUUCUGGUAACAACCACGUGUGAACGAAUUGGAUCGUUCUCCCAGACCCAUGCGACCAUUGUCAAAUGAGUGACGUCCUUUCACAACUGUGUGCAUCCACGGGCACUUCGACAUUUAUACAAGUCGGAUUCAUCCAUGGGUACUUCGACAUUUAUACAGGUAGGAUAGGAAUCUUAGUUUAUUUGCUCCUACUCAACUUUAGUUGUUCCUACAGGUAUACAAAUCCUUGGUAUGUAUUAGAAUCUCUUCCAGAAUCAUAAUGAUUCCAGUCUCAAUAGCACAGGUUUCUUCAGAUCUCUGUACAUUUCAGACUUCCUCAAGAGCAGGCAGUCAAAGUGUCUUCUUCAGCAGGUAGUUUUCAUAUGAUUUAAAUUUAAAUGUAGGCCACAGCCACGAGAACAUAAAACUGGUGACCCUACAGAUGAUGAUGUGUCUAAGGGACAGUUUCGGUCGACCUCAUCUGAUCAAGACUGUUCCCAACAUCGUGUCUGAGGGACAGUUUUGGUCGACCUCAUCUGAUCAAGACUGUUCCCAACAUUGUGUCUGAGUGGCAGCUUCAGCCAUCCUCUCCUGACUGAGUCUGUCACCGACAUAUGAGGAAUGACACCCCCAGCUGGGACCACUUCCCUCAUAGCAGCUUUUUUCACGGCCAGUUAUAUGACUGUCCUUCGGUGUCAAUACAGUGUUGUCUCCUCUUUCCACUGAUCAUCCAUGGGCUUCACCUACUGUCGAUUCUUUGGGUCGGCUCAAAUGAAUUCUACCUUCAUCUCUAGUUCCCUUGACCUCUCUUGAAUCAUUGGCUGGAGUCAUUCAAAGUUUUUGUAUCAAUUGUUCAAAACUUGUGACUACUAAUCCAUUAAUGGGGGUACACAGGGAACCAAGUGUGUGCCAGGUAGAAACAUCAAAGCUAGGAUCAUUCCUCCCCUUUCUUCAAGUUGCCCUUAGAACAAUACGUUGUGGAAUCUGUCCUAGCCAAUGGCCAUUGUGUAAACAAGUUUUGCAAUAGUUUCGAGAGGUGCCAAUUCCUUUGGAUCACAGAAGGGAAGUAAGGUUAAGAAGGAAUGAGAAAGCCCCAGGUGAGGUGAACUCAGUCAGUUCAGAAAUUUACUCAAAAUCCUCCCACAAAGGAGUAAUUCUCCCUUAUGUAAAGACAGAGGGGUUUGUAUGUGUAGGAACAAAUGAGAAACUUGUAUAGGACUAAUUUUUACAGGAAUUUGUAUUUUUCCUAACAUACAAACCUGAGGUCUGUACAUAAACAGCUAAGCCACCUCUCAUUCUGCUCCUGGGCCUAAAAGGUAAAGUGAAUGUGUACCAACUGGAUGGAGGGGAUUCCUCCCCUUCCACAAGUAGCCAGCUACCAAUUUCCCAAAUCAGAAGGCUCCAGCUUGCACUGAAAGUAAAUCCCUCUUAUAAAGACCUUAAGUUUGUAUGUAAGGAAAAAUAAAAAUUACUUUUAAAAUUUUUCAUUUUGUCAUCAAAACAUGAGGCAUCUUAAAUGCCUGAGUAUAAUUUGUACAGUCUCUUUAAUGAUGACAUAUCAGCUACAUUUUACGGUUAAUAUAUUUAAUGAGAGGUUUUAAGUUCCAUUUAUUUCAUAUAAUCAUUAUUAGGCAUUUCCAUUUAACCAGUUUGAACAAUUAUCAAAAGGAGUGUUUCAUUUUAAAAAAAACAUCACCAGAAUUAGUACUCAUUUAAAUUUGAUGGCAAUUGUUUGGUAACCAAAGCACAAAGUAUGUGAUGUUGGCUUUAUUUCAUUACCAGUUACAAUGUAUAAAGUAGUCAAUGUUAUUUUUGUUUUGCUGCAUAGAGAUUUUAUAUUUAUUUGCUUAUAUAUCUGAGUUUUAUUAGCUUAUAUAUAUCUGAGUUUUCUUAAAGAAAGUUGUAUGAGUCAGGAUGGGAAGAAUAUUCUGUAUGUUUUUAACAACAUUGUUAGUUGUCAAGAUGGAUUUCGUAAUUCAUACGAUGUUCUGAAAUAAUAAAAAUUUGCCAAAAAAAUAAA